AAGGUACCCCCCAAACCCACCCCGACCGGCGACACGAGGUGGACAUGAAGAUUUGGAACUAUCUUCUCGCCAUUCCAUAAAGAAACUUUUGCCGUUUACUCGGCGAGGCUCCAAAUAAAGAUGAACGUUUUCCGAACCCCUCAGGAAGCCUACCGUGGACCCGACUCGGCGCGGGAGCCGACGUCCCGCCCCGUCGCGUCGGCCCCUCGCCUCCACCCGCCGGGGGGAGCCAGGGGGGGCUCGUCCAGGGCGGCGCGGGAACUGAGCGCCGAAGAGCAGCAGGAGCUGAGGAGGAAGAUCAACAGCCGUGAGAGGAAGAGGAUGCAAGACCUCAACGUGGCCAUGGACGCCCUCAGGGAGGUGAUGGUCCCCUACGCCUCGUCCGCCCCUUCCUCUGCGCCAUCGCACGUGCCCCCCGGCCGCCGGCUCUCCAAGAUCUCCACGCUGGUGUUGGCGCGAAACUACAUCCUGCUGCUGGGCUCGUCCCUGCAGGAAAUGCGCCGGCUGCUGGGCGAGCUGGGCGCGGGGCCCGGCCCCCGCCUGCUGUUGACAGGGGGCUGGCCCCUGGUCUCGGGCCCCGGUCAGCUCCUCCUGCCGGCCGCCCCCUUCAAGUGUCCCCCGCCGUCCGUCGCCGAGGCCCCGCUGGACGCCGCGCGCUGGGGCCCGGGGCCGCCCGCGGGGUUGCCCCUGUGCCCCUGCGGCGUGUGCGGACUGCCCGGGUUGAGCCACCCGGCUCCGCCUCCCAGAUUCCCAAAGUGACGACGAUGAUGACGAGGAACCAUCGUUAACAAAACGGCUGAAUUGCUGAGCGUUGAGAUGGAAUGAAUUAGCUUGCUAGUAAUGCUAACAAAGACGCUAAGUGUGGAGGUGAAAUUUUUGGACAUUCUAACAAACAAACGGAGUGGGUGAACCUCCCAGAUUGGUAAAGUGACACCCGGACGACGAAGAUUACCUUGAAAAUGAUGCGUUGCCGUGAAAUGAUUAGCUUGUUAGCAACGCUAACACAGACUUCAGAGAUGAAACCUUUGGAUGAGCUGACAAACAAACGGUUUGUCGAACCCUGUGGCCCCGCCCCUGGCGUGAAAAGAUCAAAGUCUUGUCACGACUCCAGAAGAUGCCCCGAACGUGAGCACUUUGUGCGGAUUAAGCGCGUGAAAAGAGCGGGCGGACAAAGCCGUCGGGCUGACGGCUGGACGCAAUUAAGUCAGAUUACAGCGUAUGAGGACGAGGGGGCGAGGCUUCAUCAAAGUUGCACGCUCCAUCUCGCUUAUUUGCAUAAAGCUGCCGGAUUAGCUACCUUGCUAUAUUGUCUACCUUUUUGGGCAAGUCCCACCCCA